UAGCGUCUACACUGCCGGAAAGAUAUAAGAAGAAGAACACUGGACACAUCUCCGCUAUCCUCACUCGUAUUCAUGCAAAACUGACCGGUUUACCAUCCCUACAUCAUCCUCUGACACCAGGAAUGAAGACUUGGGAGUUUAAGUUAACACACGAGUAGUAUGCUGGACGUGGGAAAGUGGCCGGUGUUCGCCCUCUUGCCCCCUGAAGAACUGCGGCUCAUCCGUCAAGCCUGUGUGUUCGGUACUGCUGCAAAUGAGGCUAUCUACGUUACCGUCAGUGAUGAGGUAUUUGCACUGGGGACGAACUGCAGUGGCUGCCUGGGGCUUGGGGACAUGCAGAGCACCAUUGAACCCAGACGAAUAGACAUCUUGUGUGGGAAGAAAAUUGUGUCUUUGAGCUAUGGCACAGGGCCACAUGUAGUCAUCGCCACGGCAGAUGGAGAAGUAUAUUCCUGGGGUCACAAUGGCUACAGUCAGCUGGGUAAUGGCACCACUAACCACGGCCUUAUUCCUGCCUUGGUUUCCACCAACCUCAUCAGCAAGAGGGUGACAGAGGUGGCCUGCGGCUCUCACCACACCAUAGCCCUCACCACAGAGGGAGAGGUGUAUGCUUGGGGAUACAACAACUCUGGGCAGGUGGGCUCUGGAUCCACGGCUAACCAGCCCACCCCACGCAGGGUCAGCAGCUGCCUGCAGAAUAAGGUGGUGGUCAACAUCGCCUGUGGACAGCUCUGCUCUAUGGCCGUCCUGGACAAUGGAGAGACAUACGGCUGGGGUUAUAACUGCAAUGGGCAGCUUGGUUUGGGAAACAAUGGCAAUCAGCAAACCCCCUGCCGGAUCGCCGCCUUACAGGGAACCAACAUCGUACAGGUGGCAUGUGGAUAUGCACACACACUGGCUCUUACAGAUGAAGGAUUUAUUUACUCUUGGGGUGCAAACUCAUAUGGGCAGCUGGGUACUGGCAACAAAAGCAACCAGGCUGUACCCACCCUCAUCAAUAUGGACAAGGAGAGAAUGGUGGAGGUUGCUGCAUGUCACACCAGUCACACAUCAGUGGCGAAAACACAGAGUGGUCAGGUGCUGAUGUGGGGUCAGUGUCGGGGUCAGGCUGUGGCCUACCCUCAUCUCACACACUUCACCAGCACUGAUGAUGUUUUUGCCUGCUUUGCCACACCAGCAGUCACCUGGCAUCUCUUGUCCGUGGAUGGAGAUGACUACCUGACUGUUGCCCAGUCGCUAAAGCGAGAGUUCGACAGCCCAGAAAUCUCUGACUUAAAGUUCCUGGUUGAUGGGAAGAGUAUUCACGUGCACAAAGCCCUUCUUAAAAUCAGGUGUGAGCAUUUCCGAGCAUUGCUGAACGAGAAUGAUGAAGAGACCAUAGAGAUUCAUCAGUUCUCUUUUCUGGUUUAUCGCGCAUUUUUGGAGUACCUGUACACUGAUACCAUCAACCUCCCACCUGAGGAUGCCGUUGGUCUUCUGGAUUUGUCCACAUACUACCGUGAGAGCCGUCUGAAAAGACUUUGCCAGGAGACCAUCAAGAGAGGCAUCACAGAGGAGAAUGCUAUAACACUCCUUUCAGCUGCUGUCAAGUAUGAAGCACGGGAUUUGGAAGAGUUCUGUUUCAAGUUUUGCGUUAACCACCUGACAGCUGUCACCCAGACACAGGCCUUCGCUGACAUGGACCACGAUCUGCUGAAGAACUUCAUCAGCAAAGCCAGCCGCUACGGGGCCUUCAAGAACUAACAGAAAGAUAUAGUCAAAGGAGGUAUACUGGUUUGGCUCUGCAACAUCAAGGCAAGUUAUCCCAAAUACCUCAGAUGUGGAGUUAGAGGAGCCAAAUUCUUGUGGUUCGAGUGUAAAGAAGUGGGAAAGGCCCUGGUUGCCCGGGUGCACUGGUUGUCUUCUGGGUCCCAGUGCCUUUAAAUUACAUGGCCACCUGAAGCCGUAUUUAAGCAGAAGAAUUCAAGACUGGAAUCAAAGGGACCAGACAAGUCUGAAAAGAUUGUAUUGAAAUAGCUAAACAAAAAGAAAGACUUCUGAGGUGCUUUAUGAGCAAGGGAUUCAUCUAUGCAUAAGCAAAAGGGAAGACCAUCUCAUGUAAGAGAUGGUUGAUGGAGAAAGAGUUGCUUUUCUGUUACUGAACUAUUGUAUUUGGUCAAGACCAUAUUAAUUUGCAAUAUAUUUCCAGUCUUUAAAUAUACAACAGAUUGGAAAAACAGCCAAACAGGUGAUCCAUCUCAAAUACAUCCAUUAUUACCCAUUUGGGGCAGUCGUGGCCUAACGGUUAGUGUGUUGGACUUGCAAUCCAAGGGUUGCAAGUUCGAGUCUCGGGCUGGCAGGAAUUGUAGGUGGGGGGAGUGAAUGUACAGCCCUCUCUCCACCUUCAAUACAACGACUGAGGUGCCCUUGAGCAAGGCACCGAACACCCAACUGUUCCCCGGGCGCCGCAGCAUAAAUGGCUGCCCACUGCUCCGGGUGUGUGUUCAUGGUGUGUGUGUGCACUUUGGAUAGGUUAAAUGCAGAGCAUGAAUUCUGACUAUGGGUCACAGUUGGGGGUUCAAUGCCUUGCUCAAGGGCACCCAAGAACAAACUGAGACAGACUAAUUCCAGAAGAACUGUGGCAAUGUCUCCCAAGAUGCUUCAAGUGUUUCUUCAGUGCUUUUGUUCCUGCGGACCGUGUGGUUAAGAAAUGGUGCCGUCUGGUGGCGUUGAUGCAAAAUUAAUCAUGUACCCAUAUUGUGUCAUUAUUGAUAUCUUUCCAUUGACACUGAACACUUUCUAUUACUCAGUUAAUCCAGGUUCCAGACAGAAUUUUUUUUUAAUCACUUAUUAUAACAUCUGCCAAACAACCUAAUCUUGAAAUAGCACUUGAAACGAUAUAUAUACAUACAUAAAUAUAAAUUCAGGUGUUAAACAAAAUACCUGACAUCAGAGACAGCUUUCACUCUCUCUCACAAAGUCACAACGUCUUCUCAAUGGUCAGUUAUUAUAAUCUACAGUCUGUUCAUACUUGUUUACACAGUCAGGGUUUUCUGUUCUGUGGUAGAUAUUUCUACGUGAUUUUCUACUUUAGGAACCCCAUAAAUGAGGGUCAGGAGUGGUAACCCUGCCUGAUUGCCAAGAAAGGGUGUGUUAAAUGUCCCCAAGUGGUCAUGUUAUAAAUGGGGACUUCCAAAAUGUAACAUUUUAAUAAUCUGUUUUAAGAUGAUACUUCUUGUUUUCCAAGCAAAUGUCAUACUGCACUUUUUGAAUAUUUGAAUAAAUGUCCUGUAUUUUAAA